AUGGCUCAAGCACAGGUGGGCACAAUUGAACCUUUUGAUGGAGAUGACUUCUCUGAUUACAGCGAGCGACUCGACUCAUAUCUAUUUGCCAAUAACAUUGGAAAAGUGGCCGCCGAUGCCAACGAAGACACCAAGAAAGAAGCAGAUAGACAAAAAGUGGCUACUACAAUUUCAYUUAUAGGAAAAAAGGCCUAUAAAGUUCUGAAAGACCUCUGUUUACCCGAGAAACCCACAGAUAAAUCCUACAAACAACUCACGGAAAUCCUUACAAAUUUMUACAAACCCAAGGUACUUGAAGUAGCUGAAUCGUAUCGUUUCCACCAUACAAUUCAAGGUGAGAAUGAAUCUGUUACUGAAUACGCCAAUAAGCUUAAGCGUCUAGCUGUGCACUGCAAUUUUGGCCCAUACUUAACUAGAGCUUUAAGAGAUCAAUUUGUGGGGGGAGUAAGAGGUCAAAGUACAAAGAAGAAGUUGUUGUCAGAGGACAGAACAUUUGAACAAGCUCUUAAAGUAGCUCAAGCCGAUGAACUAGCAGAAAAGGAAUCUAAAUUGCUUUAUACCAACACUGAAUCAAUUGAUGUUAAUCAACCUGUACAUGCCUGUACUGCAUCCAACUUMAAAAGUAAGGSCCAACCUGUCUCCACUACCUUCAAUACUAGUGGUAAAAAAUGUUUUAGAUGUGAUUCUACACAGCACCUAGCUGAUAAGUGCAGCUAUGUUAAUGCUACUUGUUAUUCCUGCAAUAAAAAAGGCCAUUUGUCUAAAGCUUGUUUUAAAAGAAAGAAAGAAAGUGAACCAAAGGCCCAGACCAAUCUAGUUACAACCACUACUAUUGAAGUUCAAGAUCAGGAAAACUUUCAGAAUCCACAAACUGUUUACAUGCAUAGUGUAAAUACCUCUGCCAAUACCUCAUUAUACAAACUUACUGUUAAUAUUGAAGAUGCAAAUGUUAAAAUGGAAAUUGAUACUGGUAGUGCAGUCACCUUAUUAAAUACCAGUGAUUUUAAGAAGGUGGGGGGCAGUAUUAGUACCCUUAAACCUAGUACRMRGGUGCUUAAAGGCUACACAYGGAACACUAUCAAGUGUUUAGGUGAGAAAGAAAUGAGUCUGCGAGUGGGUGAUCAAGUACAUGAUCUCACAAUAAGAGUGGUGGACGGCCCCUCCUUGUUAGGGAGAGAUAUGAUGUCUAAGUUUACAUUGCCCUGGCAUAACAUAUUUAAUGUAGUAUCCAUUACUUCUGAUGAUAUAGUACAGCAAUACUCCACUCUUUUCGAUAAUACUUCAGUGGGAAAGUUAAAGGAUGUCCAAGUUUCAUUGAAAGUCGAUGAUUCCAACCCAGUUUUUCUAAAACCCAGAGUGGUAGGAUUCUCUGUUCGUGAUGACUAUGAAAUUGCACUAGAUAAACUUGAAAAAGAAGGUAUCAUCGAGAGAGUUGAACAUUCAGACUGGGCUUCGCCAACYGUUCCUGUUAAGAAGCCUGAUGGUAGUAUCAGAAUAUGUGGAGAUUACUCGGGUACAAUAAAUAAGUUUGCUACUUUGGAACAGUACCCAGUACCUACGUUUGAGGAAUUACAGAGUACAAUGUCUGGAG